AUGGAGGCCCUACAGAUGGCACAGAUGCUAGCUGAUCUGAAUGAUCUCCAGGCCGCUCAAGACCAGUCUGCCUCGAAAGCCCUCGUGGGCGCCAACAAAACCCUCGACCAGAAGAACCAACUGCAGGUGCCGCAGCCGCAGGAGAGAAAUCACCGGAGAAGUGCCACUGAGAGCCGCGUUAUCUCUUCCACUAGCGGUCGUUCGUUGAGCGACAAGUUCGGCUACCGCAUCUUCACGCCUCCCUUGACACGAAACAAUUCGAGCACACCGUCAUGCCCGGGGACUCCUCGAGGAGAACAUGGACCCGACACCGACGUCGACCGUGCUUCCACCCUGCUGUCUUUAUACGAGAUCCGCGCGAAGCUCAAGGAGCAGGACAGCAGCAGUCUAAUGAAGGCGCGCGAGAAGAUCAACGCCCUUGCGGCGAAACAAGCACAUAUGGCCGAACUGAAGUCCGGUCCUACGUCGGCACCCUCUCAUAAUGACCGAGGGUCAAGCGACAAGGGCAGGAUAAGCUAUCCCAGAAGCCACUAA